AAGAGGAUAGUUAUCCCUAACAAAGGGGAUAUUCGUGACGCGCCGUUCCGGCCCAUCCAUCCUGGCCGGGAAUGAUAUCAUCAUGUGCUCAGCACCAGCCCUGACCCGACAAUGAGCUUCGUAUCGCAUAUCUACGCUUCAUCUGCUGCUCCAAGCUCGAGUUUCAACAGAGAAGGACUCAAGCAAUACAGAGCGACUGAUUUCUGCCGCUCAAUGGCACAAUGAGGCUACCGGGCUACCCCGUCGCUUGCAAGCGUCCAUCCUCCCUCCUCACUUCCGUCUCCCGCUCAACCAUAAAGCCCAUAACCAUUAGCAGACCUCUCGCAACACAGAUCAGUCACUCAACCGCAUUCCGCGAAGAGCACGACAAAGAACGCAUUGUCAUUCUCGGAUCCGGCUGGGGCGGCUACAACCUCUCUCGCAAGCUCUCUCCGCAGAAAUACAACCCCAUCAUCAUCUCCCCUCGAUCAUACUUCGUCUUCACUCCUCUCCUCACCGAUGCCGCCGGCGGCUCCUUAGACUUCUCCCACAUCGUCGAACCAAUCCGCGACCCUUCCUCAAAAGUCGACUUCAUCCAAGCCGCCGCGCGAUCCGUCAACUUUGCCGACAAAACCAUCACCUGCGAAGCCACCGUCGUGAAAAGCGGCGUGACCGAAACACCCCGAACCAGCGAGGACGAGGAAUUCCAACUCAAUGCCACCCAAUCCGCCAGUCGCAAACGCACCUGGGAAACCGGCGAAACAUUCACUAUCCCCUACGACAAACUCGUCAUCUCCGUCGGCACAGUCUCCAAGACCUUCAAAACCCCUGGCGUGCGCGAAAACGCCCUCUUCUUCAAAGACAUCGGAGACGCGCGCAAAGUCCGUCGCCGGGUGCGAGAAUGCUUCGAACUCGCUGUCCUGCCCACCACCUCCCCAGAGCUCCGCUCUCACCUCCUCCACUUCGCCAUAGUAGGCGCCGGCCCAACAGGCACGGAACUCGCCGCCUCCUUACGCGACUUCAUCGUAAAGGACCUCGUCGCCCUCUACCCAGCCCUCAAAGGCAUCCCCAGAAUCACCCUCUACGACAUCGCCCCCAAAGUCCUCUCUAUGUUCGACGAGAAACUCUCCCAAUACGCCAUGGACACCAUGCAAAAGGAAGGCAUCGAGAUCAAACCCUCCCACCACGUCCAGAGCCUUCGGUGGGGCGAGCCCGAUGCUGAACCACCCUACGAAAUGGACCCUAAGCGCUGCCUCACCCUCACCACAGCGGAAGAAGGCGAAGUCGGCGUCGGCAUGUGCGUCUGGGCUACGGGUAACGCAAUGAACAAAUUCGUCCGUGACGCCCUAACAACCGUCGACAAGUAUCCCUCCAACUCUGCCCUUCUGAAAUCCCCUACCUCCAACGAUACAUCAAGCACCCAACAAACCACCACCACCCCCAACACCAAUACAACCUGGCACGUCAAAAAAGCCCCCAACGUCGGCGCCCUCCUGGUCGACGGCCACCUCCGCGUGCAACUCGAAUCCUCCUCCUCCGACGAUGAAAGUAACCCUCCCCAAACAGCAAUCCUCCAAGACGUCUACGCCCUCGGCGACAACGCCAUGCCCGAGACCGGCGCACCCCCAGCAACCGCGCAAGCGACCUUCCAAGAAGCAAAGUGGCUCGCGACGCGGCUGAACAAAGAUGACUUUGCGACGGCGCCGCCCUUCUCGUUCCGGAACAUGGGGACGUUGGCGUAUAUCGGCGAUGCGAAGGCGUUGAUGCAGAUCCCGCAUGAUGCUAAGGAGGAUGGUGGGAGGUAUUUACCCGAGGGGUUGACGGGACGGAUGGCUUGGGUGGUGUGGAAUUCGGCCUACUUGACCAUGAGUAUUAGUUGGAGGAAUAAAUUGAGGGUCGGGUUUAGGUGGUUGCUCAAUCAGAUUUUUGGGAGGGAUGUUUCGAGGUAUUAACCUACUUUCUCCCUCACUCUCUCCCCGGGUCUUUUUCUUUUUAUCUUAUCUCUGCUCUUGAGAAGAGGGGGGUUGGGUGU